AGGAGAUCGAAGAAAACAAGUUUAGUUGGAGCCGCUGCCCCCUCCCUACUGCCCCCCCCUUACUGCCCAUUCACCGGGCACUGCCCCCCCCCAGCCCUCCGCCUGUACCCGCCGGGCCCGCACUGCGCUCGGCACAUGGACUCUCCUGGCCGCAUCCUGGCGCACACGGAAAUAUCUGGGAUUGUGUUUAGUGUUCAUGGCAAGAUCCAGCGUGAGCGCUGCGCGGGGGCGUCGCCAUUAGAUCCGACCAAUCACAGGCCAUGGAGGACAUCAAGAAGUGCGGCUACCUGCGCAAGCAGAAAUCCAUGCGCAAAAGGUACUUCGUCCUGCGCUGCCCCGGAACCCGCGGCCCGGCCCGCCUGGAAUACUACGAGAACGAGAAGAAGUUCCGAGUGGCGGAAGGAUCGGGCGGCCCGCGGGGGGUGCUCAACCUGGAGGAGGCGUUUGGCGUCAACAAGAGGUCAGAUGCCAAGAAGCGGCACCUACUGGUGAUCUACACGCGGGACGGGGGGCUGGGCGUGUCCGCCGACGGGGAGGAGGAGCAGGACGAGUGGUACCAAGCCAUCCUGGAGGUGCAGGCACAGGCCCGAGCACUCUCCUCAUCUCCAGAUGCUCCUGCCUGGCCCGGCCCGGCAUUCAGAGAAGUCUGGCAGGUCAGUGUCCGCCCACGAGGCCUGGGCCAAACGCGCAAUCUCUCCGGCAUCUACCGGCUCUGCCUGGCAGAACGGACCCUAGGCCUCCUCCGCUUACGUUCUGAAAAUCCUUCCGUCACCCUACAGCUCAUGAAUGUCCGGCGCUGCGGUCACUCCGACAACUACUUCUUUGUGGAAGUCGGACGCUCGGCUGUGACAGGUCCAGGAGAACUCUGGAUGCAGGUGGAAGACUCGGUGGUCGCUCAGAACAUGCACGAGACCAUCCUUGAGGCGAUGAAGUCUCUGAGUGAGGAAUUUCGUCCGAGGACCAAGAGCCAGUCCCUCUCAUCCACCCCCAUCUCUGUCCCAUCUCGACGUCACCACCCAAACCCUCCUCCCCCGAGCCAAGUGGGCAUUUCUCGUCGCUCGAGGGCCGAGACGCCAAUUGAAAACUCUCCGGUCCCCAAACCCCACUCUUUGUCCAAGGACUAUAGUGUCCAAUCGCCUGAAGAGGAGGAAGAGGAGAAAGGUGCACGGGUGGAAACCAAUGAGUCUUCAGCUGACUACGGCUCUGCUUCUUCUGAUGAAUAUGGUUCUAGUCCCGGUGUGUUGGAAGCCCCGGUGUUCCUACCUCCAUCUCCUGGACCAAGAGAAACCAAUUACAUCUCCAUGGCGCUGUAUGGGAGAAGAUCACUGGUGAUGGAGCCGAUUUCUACCAAUGCCAACGUGCCGGCGGAAGAGGGUAGUAGAUUAACUCUAUUUCAGGAAGAAGAUAAUUAUGCCAUGAUGGGCCAACGUGAGCCGCGCCAGGAGACUGGUUACAUGCCCAUGCUGCCCGGCAGUAACAGGUCCCAGGAUUACAUGCCCAUGACGCCCACCAGCAUCUCGCCACCUGCCCCCGUGGAAAUGGCCGGUUAUGUCAUGAUGUCACCCCUGGGCAGUUGUUCUCCGGAGAUUGAGAGGUUGAGUUGGCCACCGUCCCAGGAGGUAUCUGCUGGUAGUUCUGAUAGCCACGCCUCUGACUAUAUGAACAUGUGGUCACUGAGCCGCUCCGCCUCCAGCACCCCACCCCCACAGGAGGCUUUUCUGUCCUCACCCGGCGGGCCCUGCAGGGUGCCGGCUUCAUACCGUUCUUUGCCUCGUUCAUACAAGAUGGAGCCGCAGCCAUCUGCCCGUGCCUCUUGCUCCUCCUCCUCUGACAGCUUGGAAGAGGUGAAUGCUGGGAAGAACCGCAGACCUCUUAGCAUCUCCAUUGACUCGUGGAACACAGGAACCUUGUCCGGCAACUACCGUCGGCCCCCCAGUCCCGGAGAAUACGUCAGCAUCCAUUUCAGGGCCCCCCAGAAGAAGACCUCAGGGAAGGAAGCCAUCGAUGCCCCAAGAGAGUCCGUUUCCAUGGAGGAGCAGCCCUCGGCGAUGCCCAACGGGGACUACACGGAAAUGGACUUUGUGCCUCACAGAACUUUACAACCUCAUGUAAAAACGAACGAGGAACGGGGAACGAACGGGGAAAAUGCCUUCAAACCUGUGGGGAAAUUACUGCCGGCCUUGGAGAAGACUUCCUCGGAGAAGGACUCCUGGGCUGUAGAUAAAGCCUUGUGGCCAACGACUCUGAGAGAGGCCACAGGGAUCCCCAUAGAAAGUGAUUUAGGGCGCCCCGAAAAGGUUCUGGCACCCAAGCCUUCGGCCGAAGAACCCGAACUGAAGAGCUUGGUGUCUGCGGUGACCGGCUGCAGCCUCAACAUGGGGCAGGAUCCCCCGAUGCGGUUAGACCCCUCCACCCGGAAAAGGCACUGCUCCGAAAGCGUCCGUCCCCCCGCCCCCUGCAACGGAACCCGGGCUGCGGCACUCGAGCCCGGGCUGAACUACAUUGACUUGGAUCUGUCCAAGGACGCAGCGGGCGGAGUUCCCCCGGCAGUGUUGGUUGGGCAAGGUGGGGCACCGCCCCCCAAGAUUGGUUCUCUGGGAGCUCCGCCCAACAUCAACACCUACGCCAGCAUUGACUUUCAGAUGUGUGGGGAGCUGCGCCGGGGCAGCAAGGAUGGGACAGAAUGCUGAGAAACCGAAGCGACGCCCCCGUAGCCACGCCCCCCGGAUCACAGCGGCCGGAGGAACGGGAGGAUCGGCGCAGGGGGCGGGGCCGGGGGGGGAAUAUUUUUGCACUUCUGUAUCGUUAAUGUUUGCAACGUGUCCGUGUUGUUGUUCUGUCGUUACGCAGGUGCCUUGUGUUACGCAGGAAACGCCAUUGUGCCAGCCUUACCCCCCAGCGCCCUGGCACCGCCCACAGCGCCCUGGCACCGCCCACAGCUACAGGGAAUGGGGCCCCAGGGCCCCUGCAAAGGGAAUUCAUGCCAAAUGUCAUUAUUUUCUCUGCUCUGUGAUAGGUGCGUUGGCGCUAGCGGGCAUGGGGGGGCGCUCAUACCCAUGGAACAUAGGAACCGGGGUGCCACGUAUGGGGGGACACUAUGCACCCCUCUCAGGGGGAAGGGUUAAGCUGCCAAAUUACCCAGAAUGCCACUGGGGUGCUUACUGAUAGCGAUGGGUACAAGGGGGCGGGGCUGUAGCCUCACAGUGGGACAUGGUGCUUUAUUAUUUGGGGGGGGGGGGGGGGGUCGUGCUUAAAGGUACAGAGACUUGUGGCACCUUAAGGAGCUUUCUGGGUCAGGUGAAACCGACAGCGAAUCAGAAAGUUCUUGCAGGCGUUUCGCCAAAAAAUAAAUGGAAACUUGAAUGUGGGGCGGGGCUUCCCGGAGAGAUCCGGCCUCCAGUUCUGAUACCAAAUAAUAAUAAUAAUAACGAGAUAUAAAGUUGUGUUUAUGGAAUUGAGAUAUAAUAUAUGGCUAAAUAGCGAGAGAGGGAGGAGCCACGGUGCCGCCGGGGGCGGGGCACAGGUACCGGCGCCAAUUAAAGCCAAAGUAGAGACUAAAGACUUGAACUAAGAGUUGGUGCUCCCCUCACCCCCCCGUGUUUGUGAAUGAAUGGAACAUUCCAGUAGCGAUAGGGGGGUGGGGCCGCAAUCUGAGCCAAUGAGGAUGCUUCUAUAAAAUAAGCCUGUGAUAGGGCAAUGGUACAGCCGUUGCCAUGGUACCGACCACCCUUUCACUGAGGCAACGGCCGCUGCACACAAUGUUGGGGGGUCCUCAAUGAAAAGAGGUUUAUUGUCCUGAAUAAGCUAGAACCCCAACAAUAAAGCCUUUCAACCCAGUCUC